AUGACAUCAUACAGAUGUAGGGAACUCUUAAUCCCAUCACAAACACAUAACCGGGUGCUCAUGACUUCUGAAAUUAUUGAAACCUGUCGUGCUCAUGACUUCACUGAUGUUAUUUUGGUCCAUGAGCAUCGUGGAGUACCAGAUGGCUUAAUUAUAAGCCAUCUGCCUUUUGGCCCAACUACUUAUUUCCAAUUACUCAAUGUGGUUACAAGACAUGACAUUAAGGACAAGAAAGCCAUGGGAACAAUGCCUCAGGCUUACCCUCAUUUGAUUCUCAACAAUUUCACAACUAAGGUGGGUGAAAGGGCAACUAAUAUUUUGAAGCAUCUCUUUCCUCCUCCAAAGCCAGAAACAAAAUGCAUAAUUACUUUUGCCAAUCAGUCUGACUAUAUUUCAUUUAGGCAUCAUAUUUAUGAGAAGCAGGCCGGUCCAAAGUCUGUUAAGCUCAAGGAGAUUGGUCCUCGGUUUGAGUUGCGGCUUUUCCAGUGGUGUAGAUCGAAGAUAAAGCUUGCGGAGAAGCUUAACAAGUGGUAUCAGAGCUUUGGUCAAGAAGAUUCAGGGAAGAUUCUUGAUUCAAGAUUGUGGUGA